UGAUGGUGAUGGCAGUUGGUAUUUGAACAGAUAAGUGUGAGUUCUACUCAGCUUGGUAGUCAAAGAAGUUUGUAGCGUUAACUUGGAACUGGAUGUCUGCUUGUAAAGAAGUUUCUGAAAUGGUAGCUCCAGGCUAUUAUGCAACUGGUGCUGCACAGUUUGUGGCUAGUGAUUGGGAUCCACUUCUUUCAGUCGAUCAGAAUGUGGAUUUCAAUGGGUCAGCUGGCCAUUCUUCCUAUAACGUUGGUGUACCAGGAAGCAAGGGUGGUUCUAUCAUUGAUUCAAAUGAGCAAAUUCCAAGGCUUUCAUCCUUUGGCAGUGAGAGCUUCACUGAAAUGCUAAGUUCCUUUACCUUACCUGCUGCAACUGUUCCUUGCCCUCCAGAUAUCCCUUUAGGUAAAGAGCAUGAGACUCAGAAGAAUCUGAAGGGGAAGAAAAGGAAAGGUAUGUCUCAAUGCAUCACUCCAAGUCCCCAUUCUCCAGCUGAAAGGGUUCAAGAUGCCGAGGCUGGUCGCCAGAAAGAUAUUUCGCCUGAUAGUGUCAAAAGCUCAAUGGAUGAUGAGAACAAGCAGAAGAGUGAACCGAACUCAAGUGCCAACAGUCAUGACUCCACUGAUGAACUUGCCAAGAAGCAUUCACAUAAUGGUGGUGAUGCGAAAGAUGAUCACAAUCAUGCACGGGCUAAGCGAGGCCAAGCCACCAACAGUCACAGCCUUGCAGAAAGAAUUAGAAGGGAAAGAAUUAGCGAAAGAAUGAGGUUCCUUCAGGGUCUUGUUCCAGGAUGCAACAAGAUUACUGGUAAGGCAGUGAUGCUUGAUGAAAUAAUCAAUUAUGUUCAAUCACUUCAAAAACAGGUUGAGUUCCUGUCAAUGAAGCUUGUAGCUGUCAAUCCAGAGUUGGACUUGGAUAUCAAGCAAAUCCUCUCAAAAGAUAUACUUCACUCACUUCAUAGAAGUCCAGCCAUUCCUGGGUUUGGCAUGGAAUUAAACCAAACACACCCUCAUUUGCAUGGGUCAUCCUCAUGUGAAUUCAAGCAAGCAGAAAUGCUUCUUUCAAGUAAACCGACCACAGGGGAUAUUAUCAGAGCCACCAACUCUCAUAUAUUUCCACUGGGUCAGAUGCAGGCAUCAAGUGUAUGGGAUGCAGAACUCCAAAAUAUUUUUCAGAUGGGUCUCAUUUCUAACCCACUCCUUGACUGUGACAAGCUGAAUGGUGAGAUGGAGGUGGAGCCAUGAACAAUUUAGGACAAUGAAGAACUUAAUUUCUCGUCUUAACCAAAAAAAAAAGAAAGAAAAGGGAACUUAAUUUCUCCUAACUAAGAUGUUCUUUUGUGCACUGUAUCAUUCAUAGGUCUAGCCAUUAGUGUGCAAUAUCUAGAAAAAAUGAGACAAACAUGGAGACCAUUUAUAGUCAUAGUGGAACUUGCAUUUGGUUGAAGGAAAGAUUGCUUUAUUUGUUGUAAUAUUGGUUGUUUGAGUACUAUUAGUAGGAGAUUGUGGAGUUAUUCCACUAAGAUGAUUAUAAGUUCUAAAAGAAACUGUUGUAUAAAGGUAUUUGCUUCACAUGAUUGUGCUCAGUUGUAGGA